AUGCAUAAAAUUAUACAACUAACACCCUAAGAGCAGUAAGAUGCUGAAUUAGCGUUUGAUUUGUUUGCUGAAAGCCAAGAAGUAACUAUUAUUAGCAGAGAAGAUUUUUUGUAAGCCUUCCAGUUCUUUUGUGGCCUUUAUACUGACAUUCUUCACAGUGCUUAAUAAGAAGUUGAAAGUACUAUAUAAAAAUCCUAACAAUCCACCUUAAACUCAGUAUUUUUUGUUAACUGUGCCACCAAAUUAAAGAAUUUGAAUCGUACAUUAGAAAAAAAAGAAACAACUCACCUUAACAAUAACUUCAUAAUGAACCACUUGGAUGAAAAAAACAUAAUGCAUUUAGAUAGAUGCUGGGGAAAAUUCGAUAAAUAUAAGCUUGGAUAUAUCAAAACCUAAAAGUUAAGAGAUGUUGUGAACUUGGUUCUUUCAAAAUACAACACACAAAAAAUUUACCUUAAUCCAGAAUAAUAAGAUGAAAUAAAUACAAUAUGCUCUCCUUCUUCUAACAAUUAAAGAUCCUCAGAUUAUAACAACAGUGAUGAAAUUAAAUAAUCUAAUUUCACUACCUACACUUAAAAACAAGACAAGUAGAAAAAAAAAGAAAAAGUGAAAUAAUAAAUAUAAUUAAAAGACCCCUAAGAGAAUAGUGAACUUUAUGAAUGGAUUACAGAAAUAGAGAUAAAGAAUAAAGCUAUUUCUUUUGAGAUUUUUACAAAUUACAUGGCUAAUGUUAUUGUCGUUAAUAAACUUAAGCUUAAAGUUUAUAAGAGUCAAUGUGCUUGUACCAUAUUUUGA